GAUUGACAGUUUUGUUCCGCGACUUUGCCAAUGUUUUGCUUCAUUUUCGGAAAAAACGGUGAAUACAGUUUCAAUUUUUGUAAUUUUACAAGUAUUUCCAUCAAAAUACUCAAUAUCUGCAGUAGAAAACAACUAUGGCGCAUAGUUCCUUUCACGAAGAAGACCGAUUCAACGACUUUUACAGCGAGGUGAAAGAGAUAGAGAAGCGCGAUUCGGUGCUUACUUCUCAACAGCAAAUUGACCGGCUGCUCCGACCCGGUGCUACCUACUUCAAUCUAAACCCCUUUGAGGUACUGCACCUUGAGCCGGAUACGCCGAUCGAGCUGAUCAAGAAAAAGUAUCGAACUUUGUCGAUAUUGAUCCAUCCAGACAAGAAUCCCGACAAUCAAGAGCGUGCCCAACAGGCAUUUGAAGUGGUCAAUAAAGCCUGGAAGACGCUGGAGAAUGAUGUCACGAGGAAGCAGUGUCUAGAUGUUUACGACGAAGCAAAAGGCCGCACAGAUUUGAUGAUUUCGGAGAAGCGGAAAAAGCUCCGUAAGGAGGGCAAAUCUGAUGCCAUUCCGGAGGAUGAUCCUAGCAAAUACAAACACGCGGUGUACGUGAUGGUGAUGAAGCUGUUCGCGGACAUGGAACGUCGCCGCCAGCAGCUCGAUCUUCGCGAUCAGGAAGAACGAAAACGCAAACGAGAACAGGAAAUCGAAGAGGAAGAACAGCGCAACUUCCAGAAGGAGUGGCAGAAGAACUUUGAGGAAUCUCGCCAGAAUCGCGUCAACAGCUGGCAAACCUUCCAGGCGUCCUCGUCGUCCAGUAAACCGAAGAAAGCCAAAAAGACCAAGUACACCUCGUUUAACCCUCCCAAGAUCAAGCCGGAAUCACGAUAAGUUGCAACGAUUUUAUCCCUACUACAAAUAUGUAUGGCUUUUUUGUUUUUUUUAUGUUCAUUCCUCUUAUCAAGCCGGAAAAAUAUCAGCAGAAAUCUGACUAACACAGGGCAAUUGUCUGUUUUCCUGUUUUCAUCGACAAACUUUUUUUAUAUCGCAACAUAGGAUGAUCAAACUGGUUGGCAUCAUGCAUUUUUCUAUUUGCGCACUAACAACCCGUUGCAGGUCGUUGGGUCGAAAAAUGGUUAAGUUUCUGUAGGUUUUCUACACCGAAGUGGGGUGUAGAUAGAGGAAGCCGAAAGCGUUCCGAAAAUAAAACUGACCAGCAGCAACGGCAACAUUUAUAUGGCAUGAGGGCCUUUCGCGUUUAAGGUAGUUUUUAAGAGAGAGAUAAAAUGAUCACAAUUUAAAUGUGAAACUGAAGUAGUAAUAAAUACGUAAAUACUUAA